AUCAAGUUUUAAACGACUCAUAUCCGGCUGUUUAUAUUUACAUCAUACGCAUGCAAAUACAACUUUUGGCAAAUCGCAUCGCACGUUUGGGUUAUGAUGAGAAGAAAAGCGCCGAUGAUAAUUACAAUGAGCUUUUGGAAUGCAUUGUUAUGCAUCAGGAAAUACUAGGAAUUGCCGGCAUCGUUGGAGAUGUUAUAUCCGUGACUGUAUUUACUCAGUUUUUUCUAGCCGCGGCCAUACUUGGCGUCACUAUGAUUAACAUUGUCAUUUUUGCUGAUCUGUCCACCAAGAUUGCUUCAGUCACCUACUAUUUGGGUGUACUGCUGCAAACUUCGGCGACAUGUUAUCACGCGUCGUUUUUACUGGAUGACUGUGACGACCUGUGCCAAGCCAUUUUCAAUUGCAAUUGGUUUACACAAAAUAAGCGCUUCAAUAAUNU